GACGUUUUAUUAACUUUACCCCGUUUCAUCGGCGAACGUCGAUCCGGUGACGAUUGGAUGCCGCGGCGACCGCCUGGCGAAGAGUUGACAAGUCGGCGUUAACCCUUCAAAUUUGCAUAGUAACUAGAUCAAUGAAGGGGACCGUGGAUCAAAUUUAUCAGAAUACCAUGGCACCCGUAACUGAAGCUGUGCUAUCUAUGUCAUUCGGCGAGGGCCCGCACUGGGACGUUGAGGAACAAGUCCUGUACUAUGUCAACAUCCUCGACAACUCAAUCAACAAAUACAACCCGGCGACCAGAGAAAAAACCUGUGCAGAGUUUGAUGAGCACGUAUCAUUUAUAAUACCAAUCGAAGGCAAAAAAGAUCAUUUCCUCGGUGGAAUGAAAAGGAACAUCGUCGAAAUAGAAUGGAACGGUGAGAACGACACCGCCAGAGUUGUCAGAGUUGUGGCUGAAGUUGACACCGACAAGCCAAGCAAUAUCCUCAAUGACGGCAAAGCAGAUCCUAGAGGGCGAUUGGUGACUGGUACAUUAGGUUUUAAAUCUGGGUCAAUAGGUAUUGAUAAUAUUUUCCGUGAAAACGGCUCAAUAUACCGUUUGGAUGAAGAUGGACAGGUUCACAAAUUGGAUGACAAGAUCACCCUCGCCAAUGGUCUGGCGUGGGAUACUGAAAGGAAAUACUUUUAUUAUGUCGACACUAUGGAUGCUAUUAGAAGAUACGAUUAUGACAUCGACACUGGAAAUAUAUCAAACUGUCAAAAAAUAUUUGUCGCAUCAGAGCACGGGUUUAAAGGACAUUGCGACGGUAUGGCCAUAGACACGGACGGUAAUCUAUGGGUGGCUCUAUUCCAAUCCAGUAAGGUUAUAAAAAUCGAAGGGGAAACAGGUAAAUUGCUUCAAAAAGUCACCAUCCCUACGAGCGAAGUAACAUCAGUUGCGUUUGGUGGACCUAACUUGGACAUCCUUUAUGUGACGACAGCCAACACACGGUGCAAGAAGAACGAACCUGUGUGGGGCGCGGCCCUAUACGAGGUCACAGGCCUCGGCGUCAAAGGACUUCCAGCCUUAAAAGCUAAAAUAAAUUAAAAAA